AUGUCCGCUUCUGAGACAACUGAGAAAACGAAUAAAACAGAGAAACCACCUACCGUAUUGGGGUUCUCGGCCUUUGGACUCUUCCCUGAAACAGCCUGCAAAAUCUUGACAGAAUCAAGAGAAGAACAGAAGGAUCUAUUGGAAGUUAUGGACGAAUAUCGAGAGAGUCUUUCGAUUCUUGGAAGAUUGUCCGAGGUCAAGAAAGAUAAAGGAAUUUCUUGGUUAUUGCUUAACAUGACAAAUUUUUCUGAAAUUGAACCACCUCAUGGGGAAGACUACAACAUUGAUGGAUCAUAUCUCACUCAUCUUCCAACAUUCCUAAAUAACAUAGAGAAAACAAUCAACAGUGUCACUCAAAACGGUCAUUGGGCUAGGAGUAAUGGUGAAGAUACAAAGACUGAAUUUCAAACUCGUCUUCGAAAAAUGUCAAAUGAUCCAGGGGCAAUCAGUGAAGAUGAAGCAUGGAGAGUUUGGUGGUAUGAAGAAGAUGCUUUGAAGGAAUUAAGACAAACUAUUUGUCAGCUGAGAUGUGCGAAUUGGGCACAAUGGGGUUAUGAUUUGGAAGAAAAGGUUUGUGAAGUUGUUUCGAGAGAUGAUGAGGAUGUUGAUAUGUGGAAUGAAGACGAGAUGGAUGUUGAGAUGAUGGAUACAGGAUAUAUGAGGCAUCCAUAUUUGGCUUCGUCGGAAUAUGACCUUACGGUUAUUCCCGCGCCUACGAGAGCCGUUCAUCCUCAACUCCAGUCGUUCUCAAUCUUCUCACUUUUCCCACAAACCACAAGUCAGAUUGUACAAAAUAUCACAAGACAAGAACUGAAUUCUCUUCUUGCCGAGAUGGAAAAGAUGCGUGGAUCUAUAAUAGCUCUAGGAAAGUUUUCCACCAACAUGGAAACCCGGCUAUUGUCCUGGUCACUACAAACUACAGUAAGCCCGUUUACCAUUCUUCAAGAAGUAGGACCAUCCUAUUUUAGAAUGGAAGCUAUGAAUCUGCCCGAGAUCGAGCCAUUCGUACAAGAUCUCGAAAUUUCGGUGAAUACUUUGAAUACCGCUCCUUCCGGCUGGCCCCAAGCCCUCGAUCAUCGACUGAAUGAACUAGCCCCAUAUUCGAGUACGCUCCAAUCUGCUCUUGAUGUCUAUGAGGUUCAUGAUAAGGCUAUGGAAGAAGUCAGAGCGUCUUGUGCUUCACUCAGGAACUCAUGUGAGACAAACGGGGAUGAAUGGGGAACAUGGUAUUGGGCGCAGGACGGGAUUCGGUGGGAAGGUCGGAUCAUUCGGCUUAUGAGCAAAGAGUAA